GGGUCGACAUUGUCUCUAAGACACUGAAGUGACAAACCACCACUAACCCUUAAUAACGACACACCCUCUGAAAGCCCCCCAGCAGCGUUUAGCUCGCCGAGCAAAGCCCCUUGCUUCAUAAACGAAGCCGAAAGAGAGAAAACGCCGACGUGCAGCCCUGCCCGAGCCCACAACCGAGCCGCGGCUGACAGAAACAGCUCACCGGGAGCCCAGACCACUCGGCGAGGCCAGCGCUUGGAGAACCGCUUUCAUUGCGACCAGCAUUUCCUGUCGCUGUGGUUUCACUCUCCUCAGCUACAACACCGCAGGCACGACGGAGAAAGGAGGUGAGGGGGGGAAAUUAUCGCGUUUAGCGGCCUCUACUUACCUGAACAUAAUUGUUUUCACAGUAUUCUGCAACCCGGGACAGGUUCUGAUAGCUUUCCACCAGCGCUCUUUUACCGGCCGGGAUUUCCUCCUCUAAUAGCAUUUGUAGCUCUGCCAUCUUACAUCCUUUUGCAUUGCUCUCCUGCCCGUCUUUUUUUUUUUUCAGUGAGGCGAGGCUGUGAUGCUGUGCUGUGUUGCUGAGAAAGGGGCUCCCCCGUCUGGCAUUGUGGCUCCGCGCUGGCCUCCGAUUCACAACAGAGGUUUGUGGGAUUUGAACGCCUUCAGCGGUGGGAGGCGAACCUCUUCCAAACGUGGCUCUUGCUGAUAUGAACUACAUUUCCCACAAACGCGUAGCGCUCAAGMGUUAACUSCUGGGCUCAUCCUUAACCCGAGAGGAGAUUGGCUCUCUGCUUCAACACUGCAGGCAGACACCGGCUUUAUGAAGUAAUAAGGGCACGGGGACUGCACCCUUCAUCGGACACUCUCUGAUCCACCUUGAUUUUUUAAAUUCUCGUCCAAGAUCUGAGGCUCCUUUCAUGUCAUCCCCGCGUGGACUCGGCAUGGCGCAGCAGGAGAAGAAGAAGGAGGAGGAGGAGGACGAGGAGGACGAGUACAGCCUGGAGGCGAAAUUUACCGCUGCGGCUAAAGUGAUCCGGAGUUUGCCGGAUGAAGGUCCUUUCCAGCCUUCUGAUGACAUGAUGCUGAUGUUUUACAGCUACUAUAAGCAGGCCACCAUGGGGCCCUGUCACAUCCCCAGACCGACUGGCUUCUGGGACACUGGAGGCAAAGCUAAAUGGGACGCAUGGAGCUCUCUGGGAAACAUGACAAAAGAGGAAGCCAUGAAGAAUUACAUAGAGCACAUCCAGCUGAUUUUGGAGACCAUCCCAAUCUCAGAGGAAGUUACAGAGCUGGUGCAGAGGCUUGGCAACUUCUACACCGAGGUGGACGGAGAGGGAGAGGAGGAAGGAAACCAGACAGUCAGGAGGCCCUUCACCAGGCCUUUUGCGGCGCACGCAGAGGAGCUGAUUAAAUCGAUUAAGAAGCCAACGAUGGAAGGCUAUGGGGAUUUGUGGGAGGACAUUCAAAAUGUCCAGGAGAGAGACAGAGACCUCAGUGCCCUGAGACGAAGUGCGAGCAGCGAGGAGGCAGAAGGAGGCAAAGUGAUAACAGAGGAAAGCGGGGAGAACUGGAAUGACGACUUCUGCGCCGACAAUGUGGAGACCAGAGAUUGGAACCAGGACCCACGCUUUUUAACCGUGGAGGAUAGAAGGUGGCGGUCUGACACUAAGGGGUCCAACAGCAGCCUGGAGCCCAGCGUGUCGUCCUUCACCAACGGCACGCACAGCUCCCUCAACAGCGAGGUGGAGGAGGAGGAGCUGGCCUGUUCCAUGGAGCCCACUGGGCUCCACAACCCAUACCUGCACUUUAAUGGAUACUUUAACGACGACCACGGUGCGAAUCCUGAGCGGAACCGUCGACCCACAGACUCUGACAACGAGGAGUUCUGUGACUCAAUGGAGCAUCUGGCCAUGGAGGAGCGGCUGCCUCCGUCUAAAGGCCGGUCCCCCGGGUCAGGAGCUACAUCGGCGAAGACGAGCGACGUUUGGUUUGAGAGCAGCACGACCCUGAAAGAUGCCGAAGACGAAGAACCGUCGGGAGAUUUCCACAUGAAAGAAAGAGCGACUCCGAGAAAGCACAGCAUCUCCUUGCCGAAACGAGGGCGAGGUUCACCCAGAGCCACCUGCAUCCCUCUGCGUUGUGCAAGCGCAGACGCUGCCUGUGGUUGCGUGUUGCGGAGCAGACAUCCUGCCGUUGCUAUGAGGGGAAACACGAAUGAGCAAAUAGCAGCUGCUCUGCGGAGGCUGCAGCACAACAUGGCUGAUGUGCUGCACAGGCUGCACGCUUUAGAAGAGCUCACCAGGCCACAGUCAAGAUCUCCGUCUCCAAGACAGGAAGGCUUCCUGCCUGUCCCACGAAAGCUCCUGAGGCCGUCUUGGUGGCCUUUCCACCUCUCUCCACUCACUGUGGUGUUGACGGCGCUCUGGCCUCUUGUCACCCACUGGCUUGUCCAGCUUUAUUUCCAACGUAAAAGAAGUCUCCACUCUUCUGUUCACAGGAAAAUACCGUGAGGGUUCUGACACUCGGCAGGAAAAACGCACUUUUGUUUCACUGUGGCUUCACUCCAGCUGACGUUCCAAACGUGGAGUUACGAAACUGAAAUCUGAAAGCGGCAGGAAAUUGGUGGUUUCUCCUAAGCAAGGGGAGCCCUGUUAGGUGUGUGAGAAGGUUUAAUUAUAGCCUGUAGCCACAAAAUGACUGAAAUGAAAUGAUAGUUUAUGGUUAUACAGUGACUGUAGUUCACCAGUGUUGGGAGUUUUCCAGAUUCUCGUUAUUAUUUAUUUGGUGGAUCAUGUUUGUGCAGUUUAUUUAAUUUUGAUGUCUUGGGAAGAUACAUUUAUAAAUUAUAAAUCAGUGUUUAGCAUGUGUAUUUAUUUAUUUAUUUAUUUUUACAUUUAAAUAGGCUGAGGGUAUUUCUCUUAAUAUCUGAUAUACAUUUGAUGUAGCAAGCAGAGAUUUUAAUAUGUAGCUUGCCGCUGCAGUGCACUAAUAAAUAACGAUUCCUCCUUCUACAUGGAGAGGUAGCUGAGUCAAAAGCUGACUGCUGAGUCAGCUUUUGUUUUUGUAAUUUAGAAAAAAAAACUUGUGUGAGGUGGGAAAAAAGAGAAAAAUAUAUGCUUUUAAAAAUGAAAAAUAAUAAUAAUAGCAACAAAUAAGCUGCUACAGAAGUAUUGCACCUACUGCGAGGUUUGCAGUAUGUGGUUUCAGGUUUAUGUCAUAAUUCCUCCUAUAUUUCCAACAUUUACUACAGACAAUCUAUAUUAGCCUUAGCUAAUCAUUCAUCUAGUCGGUUUUACAGUACAAAUUAAGAUAAUGUACAUUUUACACAAUCUUAUAGCAAGACUAGUUGUAAUAUGUGACUGUAUGAAACUUGAAAGAUAUAAUAAAAAAAAUUUUGUAACAAA